AUCCCCCCCGCUCCCGGCCGAGGGGGCGGGGCUGGCUGGCGGAGCGGCCGUUGGGGCCCGGGGGCCGAGCCGGUGUCCGCGGCGUCUCCGCCCCGCCGCCGCAGGAGGAUGAGCCAGCGCCUCCCCGGGGAGCAGCAGGCGGCGCCACCCGGACAGGUUAUAAAGCAGCUAAAUGGAGUCUGAGCAGCUGUUUCAUAGAGGCUACUAUCGAAACAGUUACAACAGCAUAACUAGUGCAAGCAGCGAUGAGGAGCUUUUAGAUGGAGCAGGUGUAAUUAUGGACUUUCAGACCUCUGAAGAUGACAAUCUCUUGGAUGGCGAUGCUUCAAUUGGAACUCAUUAUACAAUGACAAAUGGAGGAACUAUCAACAGUUCAACACAUUUACUGGAUCUUCUGGAUGAACCAAUUCCUGGAGUAGGAACAUAUGAUGACUUCCAUACCAUUGACUGGGUUCGAGAGAAGUGCAAAGACAGAGAAAGGCAUAGACGGAUUAACAGCAAGAAGAAAGAAUCAGCAUGGGAGAUGACAAAAAGUUUGUACGAUGCAUGGUCAGGAUGGCUGGUAGUCACACUAACUGGUUUGGCAUCAGGGGCACUGGCAGGAUUAAUUGACAUUGCUGCUGACUGGAUGACUGAUUUAAAAGAAGGCAUUUGCCUUAGUGCUUUGUGGUUUAACCAUGAACAGUGUUGUUGGGGUUCAAAUGAGACCACAUUUGAAGAGAGAGAUAAAUGUCCACAGUGGAAAACAUGGGCAGAACUAAUAAUUGGGCAAGCAGAAGGCCCGGGUUCAUACAUAAUGAACUACAUAAUGUACAUUUUCUGGGCUUUGAGCUUUGCCUUCUUAGCAGUUUCUCUGGUGAAGGUAUUUGCUCCCUAUGCCUGCGGGUCGGGGAUACCUGAGAUAAAAACUAUUUUGAGUGGCUUCAUCAUCAGAGGUUACUUGGGGAAGUGGACUUUGAUGAUAAAAACAAUUACUUUGGUCUUGGCUGUCGCAUCAGGUUUGAGUUUAGGAAAAGAGGGUCCCCUGGUACAUGUUGCCUGCUGCUGUGGGAAUAUUUUUUCCUACCUCUUUCCAAAGUACAGCACAAAUGAAGCUAAAAAAAGAGAGGUGUUGUCAGCUGCCUCAGCAGCAGGAGUGUCUGUAGCUUUUGGUGCCCCAAUUGGUGGAGUCCUUUUUAGUCUGGAGGAGGUCAGUUACUAUUUCCCACUGAAGACUUUAUGGAGAUCAUUUUUUGCUGCGUUAGUAGCUGCAUUUGUUUUAAGGUCCAUCAAUCCUUUUGGUAAUAGCCGCCUAGUUCUUUUUUAUGUGGAGUAUCACACUCCUUGGUACCUUUUUGAACUGCUUCCUUUUAUUCUUCUGGGAGUAUUUGGUGGGCUCUGGGGAGCGUUUUUCAUCCGAGCAAACAUCGCAUGGUGUCGUCGACGCAAAUCUACGAAAUUUGGGAAGUAUCCUGUCCUGGAGGUUAUUAUUGUUGCAGCAAUAACAGCUGUCAUUGCAUUUCCUAACCCAUAUACAAGGCUAAACACCAGUGAGCUUAUUAAAGAGCUCUUCACGGACUGUGGGCCGUUAGAAUCCUCCUCCCUCUGUGACUACAGAAAUGAUAUGAACGCGAGCAAAAUAGUAGAUGAUAUUCCUGACCGUCCAGCAGGCACUGGAGUCUAUUCAGCUAUAUGGCAGCUGUGUUUAGCGCUCAUAUUUAAAAUAAUCAUGACAGUCUUCACCUUUGGUAUCAAGGUUCCAUCUGGGUUGUUCAUACCCAGUAUGGCAAUUGGAGCAAUAGCAGGAAGGAUCGUAGGAAUCGCAGUGGAGCAGCUGGCCUACUACCAUCAUGACUGGUUCAUUUUCAAGGAGUGGUGUGAAGUUGGAGCUGACUGUAUUACACCUGGUCUUUAUGCCAUGGUUGGUGCUGCUGCAUGCUUAGGUGGUGUGACAAGGAUGACUGUGUCCCUGGUAGUUAUUGUCUUUGAGCUAACAGGAGGGCUGGAAUAUAUUGUGCCCCUAAUGGCUGCAGUGAUGACCAGUAAGUGGGUAGGAGAUGCCUUUGGUAGGGAAGGCAUCUACGAGGCGCACAUCCGACUGAACGGAUAUCCUUUCUUGGAUGCAAAGGAAGAAUUUACUCACACAACACUGGCUGCUGAUGUUAUGAGACCUCGAAGAAGCGAUCCACCUUUAGCAGUUCUGACACAGGAUAACAUGACAGUUGAAGACAUAGAAAACUUGAUCAACGAAACCAGCUAUAAUGGUUUUCCUGUUAUUAUGUCAAAAGAAUCGCAGAGACUCGUGGGCUUUGCUCUAAGAAGAGAUUUAACUAUUGCAAUAGAAAGUGCUAGAAAGAAGCAGGAGGGGAUUGUUGGCAGUUCCAGGGUCUGUUUUGCCCAGCACACCCCGUCGCUUCCAGCCGAAAGCCCUCGACCUCUGAAGCUUAGAAGCAUACUUGAUAUGAGCCCUUUCACCGUGACAGACCACACACCAAUGGAAAUAGUGGUGGAUAUUUUCCGGAAGCUGGGUCUGAGGCAGUGCCUUGUAACACACAACGGGAUUGUCUUGGGGAUCAUCACAAAGAAGAACAUAUUAGAGCAUCUCGAGCAACUAAAGCAGCACGUCGAACCCUUGGCGCCUCCUUGGCAUUAUAACAAAAAAAGAUAUCCUCCGUCAUAUGGCCCAGACGGCAAACCAAGACCCCGCCUCAAUAAUGUUCAACUGAAACCCAUAGCUGAGGAGAGAGAGGAAGCGGAAGAGGAGGUUCAUUUGUUGAAUAGCACAACACUUUAGUCUGGGGAACACUUCUAAAAUCAGAGCCGAGAGCUGGGUUUUUGCGUGACAGUGCUGCUGGAAAUCGGGAGUUGGUCUGGGGGAGUAUGUGGCGAGGAGGAAGCUGAUGGGAGCGUGGGAAGGGAGAGGAGCCGCUGUCCUGCACUGGAUGCGUCCCGAGACGUCAGGUCUGCCAUGAUAGUGCAGUGGGUGAGCCCUGCCGGGUGGCACAAUUCUCCAGCCCCAGCCUGGUACUUCAGCAUUGAAGAGAUGCGGUAUUAGUCCCUGUUUCUGGAGGGAUCACUCUGAAUUGAGCCAUCUUACGGAGACUGAAAGGUCUUGCCCUUUUUACCAUGGAAAACUGUUGUGUUAACUCAUGAAACGUAUUAAUUAUUACGCGUCACCUUUCUACAUUCCAGAAGAGCUUUAUUUCUCUCUCUCCUGAGCCGUAACAAAGCCUCUUUAAAAUUGGUGUGCCCUUUUGAAGCAGUUGUUUCUCAUAUUGAGAUGUACUGUGAGUUACUGAGGUUCGAUCACAAGAAGGGAGGUUUUUCUUGUGCCAUUAAACGUGUAAGUUUGUACAUCACAAAAUGCUUGGGGCCGUACAGAUCCACUGCGACAAAAACAGAUUGAACAGGUAAUACCUUGCAAGACUUCUCUCACCGCACGUGCUGUCGUGAUACGAGAAAAAAGAAAACCGGCUGAAACUAGCGUUUCAAAGGAAAAUACUGUUUUUGCUGCAGAAAUUAUCAAUAAUGUGACCUGGUCUUAUGCAAUUUUUGUAUUAUUGAAAACACUAUGAUAUAUACCAAUGUUGUGCAGUAUAAGGAAAAAUACUGCUAUUCUACUAGUUAAGAGCUGGAACAAUUCUGUAUACGUGUAUCUGGUAAAAAUUGCAUGCUACAACACUGGAGAUCUUUUUCCCCCCUUGUAAAAUUUGACAGCGGUCAUUUUUAUUUUUUUUCUUCUCCACAAGAGAUGUUCCACUGCUGACAUGGUAGGAAGAAAUGUAACUCAUAACUUGCACUAAAUGUAUAUUAUUUUUCUUGAAGUUUUACCAUUCUUUAUUUAUAUUUGUAUGGAUUUAAAAAAAAAAAAUCUAUUAAAUAUGAAUCAGUUACUAUCUCACAUAACUAAUUACCUUUUUAAUGUGAUUUUAUAGAAUAAUUCAUAAUCCUCUGCAAGUAAUGGAGGAUUAGCAAAUGUUUACAACUAGAUGAAGGGUAUAAACAAAAUGGUUUCUUUAUGAUCCAACAUGCAUAUAAGAUCAUUUUCAAAUCUAACUUUCACUGCCGUUACCUUGAGAUUCCCUUUUUCCUUUCCUAGCAGAUAACUGGAACAGUAAUAGCAAAAUUUCAUUUUAGAAAACUGCAGGGUUUAAAAAAUAAUAGUAAGAAAGCAACUAUAAUUACUAGAUUGCUUUUGACUUUUCUUUUUUUUCUUUUCAAGUAUAUAUAUGUAGCCACAGAAGAUGUGCAGCAGGGCAGAAUUGAAUCCAGUACUUGAAACUUUGGCAGGACUUGAAAAUUCAGCAGCAACACCCAGACUAGCAGGUGAACUGACAGAUCCCCAACUUCUUUACUUUUUUUCUUGCCUGUCACUGGAUUAUUUUGUUUCCUAGCCAUUUUAUCAAGCCACCACAAACACGUGCAGAGGAAAAAAGGCAAUAUGCUAUACACACGAAGGUGGGAGGAAAAAAAUUAAGGAAUCGGGCUGACAAAAAUCAUACUUUAUAACAGGGAGGUAGAUAAAAUUUCCUUCUUUUAACAAUUACGCCUUAAAGACUUGAUAAGGCUGUGACCAAUCUGGUCUAGUUAAAGAUGUCCCUCCUUACUACAGGGGCUUGGACUAGAUGACCUUUAAAGGUCCCUUCCAACCCAACACAUUCUAUGAUUUUAAUAAUAUAAAUGGUGAAAGUCGAAAUUACUAAUCCUAGGUAUCUCUAAGGCAUUCAUCACAGUUACCUCAAACGUCUUUAUUCGCAAAGUACUCUGUAUGGUUUUAUUUUAAGUACAUUAACAUACUGAAACAAAAUUCUGGUACUUUUGGCAAGCUCCAAAAUAAUGCCUGUGCUUAAGUGCUCCGCUGAAUUUUCACCAGUUUUUCCGAGUAUAAAACUGCCAUCUACAUCUCAUCAUCUCAUCUCUGGCAGCAACUGGAACCAGUAGAAAGCAAAAUGUGCCAGUGGGUUCAUGGUGAGCAGCCCCUGUAUUAAAACGGGUUUGGAAGUGAAACAGGGAAUGGGGCUGUGUUAAAACGGGAGCAUUGCAGCAACUACCUGUAUUCUUCCCCAAGAAGUCGGUGCUAGUGGUUCAAAGCUUGUUCUGCUGCACUGCAUGGGCCUGGAAAAAACUUUACAGAAGCAGCUUCACAAAGAGCAGAAUUUGGCCCAUUUAUAGAAGGCAGCUCUGGAAGUUGUCUGUGAUGCCAAUUUCCAUUGUCUAAUUUAUUUAUUUUUUUUACAGUGGAAGAAUAGAAACACACUACACAUAUAAAAAUUGCUUUAACCCAGUAUGGAUCCUGAGCAUUGCAUAUAAAUUGUGCAUCUCUGUUGCUCCUCUUACCUGCUAAGCUUUCCCUGUUGACAUUUAAAAUGUCUUCUGACAAACAUACGUUAGAGGUUCUGAUAACGAAGUACGUGUGCCUCUGCUGUGCAACAAAAAUUUUCUAAUGUAAAACUUCCAGCGCCUUACUCGAGUUACUAAUUUGAAAAAAAUAAAAUAAAAAAAUGUGGUGGAUGGGAGGGGGAAGUGUCAGCAUUUUUUUUUUCAGGCCAUUCAGUUACUGGUUCAUGAAGAAUGCCUUCUUUGUUAAUCUGUGAUGUUGCCUAGAGCUGUAUUUAAUAUUGAUCUUAAUGUUUUUAUUUAUAAUAGUGUGGUAGAGCUGCAUAUCAUUACAGUAAAAAUUCUGAUUACUGUGAUGAUUUAAUCAAACAUUAAAAACUUCUGUAUGACCAUU